UUUCCGAUUGUCUCUGCGAGCUGACUCCAGUGUUGCUGGUCAAAUGUCUCGUUGUUACAUGCUGGCUGUUGCGGUUUGUGGGACACAGUUCCAUAUCAAUGAUCGCCUGUACCAUAAGACUAAUAGCAAUGAUCACCUGUACCAAAAGACUAAGAGCAAUGAUCGCCU